AUGCUACGGAAGGCGAUGUGGUUCUGGCCUCGGAUCACCCUCGUCGACGGUACCUACGAUCGAAGCGCCGCGGUGGGCAACCCAAGGCGCGAAGCGCGAAACGACGACGAGGACGAGGUGGAAGAUCCGCCUAUUGCUCGCGGGCGUGCGGAGGCGCCGUCACCUUUCUCCUCACCGCAGCGCAAAAAGAAGAUCCUGCCGACGCCCUCGCCCUCCAUCGAGCGGUCCCCUUCACCCGCUCCCUCCGCCGCCUCUACCUCUCGCUCCCGCUCCGCGUCGCCCGACCGCGCCUCGUCUCGCGCGGCCUCUCCUGAGCCCGCAAACCCCGACUCUGACGCUGAAGACGACCAAGCCGAUGCCGGCGCCGACGCAGCCGCCUCUCCCUCCGCCAACUCCUCCAUCUGGUCAUCAAUCUCCCACCGCGCCUCACUCCUAGCCCGCGCCGAGUCCCGCCUCCCCCCACUCCGCACAACCGUCUCACGCCUCGAAUCGGAGCUCGAAGAAGCGCGGCUGAAGUUGCAGAAGCAGGAGGGGAUUGUGGAGCGCAGGAAGGGGAGGAUGAGGAGGGAGAUGAGGAGGGCGUUGGGGGCUGAGAAGGGGGUGGAGAAGGUCCGGAAGGGGAAGAAGGAAAAGGAGAGAAAGAAGCGGCGCAAGGGCAAGAAGCGUGCGAGUCCGGAGCUGUAG